UAUGACCAUUGUGAUGGUGACCUGCGAGAGUGGCCUGGAGCUUACUCUAACCAACCUCAAGUCCAUCCUGGCAUUUUCGAGAGCGUCCUUCCGGUUGAUCAUUUAUGCGGAUGCCAGGAACAUCAACGAUCUCCAAGUGAGGAUAAUGAAUUUUCCUGACAACAUCCUGAAGCGACUCAAAUACGACCUCCGUCUUGUAAUGUUCCCGAAAAAGUAUUUUCAUAAGUGGAAGAGUAUAUUUGCACCUUGUACCACACAACGACUCUUUCUUCCAGACAUGCUGCCGAAGGAAGAGGCGGUGCUUUACCUGGACGCCGAUAUUCUUUUGCUACGCCCAGUGGAAGAACUCUGGCGUAUCUUCCACUCAAUGGGCCCUAGCCACCUGAUAGCGCAGGCAUAUGAGAUUGAAGACAUUGACACAAAUCCAUAUCGUCAUUACGGGUUUGUUCCCUACGUAAAACCAUAUGGCGUAAACGCUGGAGUGAUGCCGAUGAAUUUGACGAGGAUGCGAAACUUCGCCUGGGGAUCGAGGAUGGAACCGCUUCUGGAGCAGUACGGUUCGCGCCUUAAGUGGGCUGACCAGGAUAUUGUGAACGUCAUCUUCAACGAAAACCCGGACAAGCUCUUCCUGAUGCCGUGCACGUGGAAUUUCCGCCGAGACAACUGCGAGUUCCACGAGUCCUGCAAGGGCGAGGUUCCGGGCCUCCUGCACGCCAACCAAAAAUUAUUCCUCAAGAACGACGAACCUGCCCUCAGAGCUGCGCAGCUGGCCAUGCGCGAGUACCAGCUGGGAACAAGCUUGGAGCGUAACUUCAUCGGUCCCUUCGAAGAAAGGCUUCGCAAGAUUGUGAACAAAACACUCUGCGCCCUCCGCUUCCUCGAAUAUAUGAAGGACUGGAAGGCCCUGGCGCGUCAAUUGGACAAGGAGCGCGGCCUGAAUCCUGACCUAACACGAUAACUUUGGAAGAAAGUAAAACAAACAAGAAAGUGUCUUAUUAGAAGGUUCAAACACUAACUAAACUCUUCUGUAGGGACCCCACAUUUCUAAUGCCCUCCAGGGCCGACUACGGCUAUGGCCGUUGAGCCCCUAAAGAGGUGGCCGACUUGGCUUCGAAACGUAGGGUCCCUUAGAACGGCUUGGUUGAUGUUUGAACUUUUUAAUAAUUAAUUGUUCCCAACUAUACUUCGUUUCACCUUAUGUUGUGCCGCAGCGAAGGCUAGAAGCGCGAGCUCAUAGCGUUGGCAGUUGCCCUUGGUGCACGAGAGCUUGUGCCGCCGAGAUGUGCCCCAGAGCAAGGAGCUCGCGCUUGUGGCCUUUCCUGCGGUACAUCGUAAGGUGAAACAGAGUAUAGACAGAUCUCUGUCAAGGUUUACUUUUAAGAAAAUUUCUUAAUGGAAAUAUGAAAAGGUGAAAGAAGGUUACAAAUUUUUCUAAUGGGAAAUUAGAGAGCUCUUGAGGAGGAGGAGGGGAGAGUACGCGGAAGGGAGGGUAUGCCCCUCCUCCU